AUGGCGGACAAACUACUCGACGCUGCACCAGUCAACCAUUCGCUGGCGCCCGUUACUAACAGUCCAACUACCAGCAGCUCAGAGGUCACAGGCGAUUUACGACAGCAAAUACACGAGUUGACAGCUGAGAUUCGACGGUUAAAAUUCAAUCGAAGUCGUUCACAAUCUCGUUCACGCAAUAACUAUCAGUCACGAUACCGAUCACCAUCGCCCGACAUAUGCUACUACCACAGACGCUUCAGAAGAAAAGCCCGAAAAUGCCAAUCACCAUGUCGCUUUACGGGUCAAGUACAGCAAUCGGAAAAACGAGAAAGCCAGUCACUAGAGGCGGCCAGUGACCCAGGCCCCAAACCUCAGCGUCGCCUAUUUAUUUUCGACAGAUCAAACGCUUACAAUUUCCUGAUUGACACAGGAGCAGACAUCAACGUGCUACCAGCCAAAAACAAAGUCUACAAUGCUCCAGCCGAAUUCAAGCUAUACGCAGCAAAUGGAACAACAAUCAACACAUACGGCGAACGGACCUUACAGAUAGAUUUGGGACUUCGCCGAACAUUUAAAUGA